CCCACAGCUACUAAAUAUUCACAUGACUGGGACCAUUUCACUGUUCUGAUUGUUCUCCCUAUUUAGCCAGUAACUGCAUAUGAGAAUUAAGGCAGUUUAAAAUGAAGUCAAAAUGAAGUCUUUGUGCCUUUUAGCAGUGAUUUUGUGCGUUCGUAUCUAUCCAAUUAGAUCCCAAGUAGAAAACCUGUGCCCAGCUGAUAGAGUAUGCCCUGUCAACAUCCCUGUCACUGCGGACAGGGUAAUUACAGCUGGUACAUGUGAUGGUGGAGAUAGUAUAAGGUCAGAAAUUGAGACUGAACUGUAUUCACUGCUUUCUGAGAAUCCAGUGGCGUCUGUUUUGAGGAGAAAGUAUUUUGGACUCACUCCCAGUCUCCCUGCAGCCAGCUGUACAGAAAUCUAUGAAAACAACGCAGAUCCACAAAACAGCUUAUACUUCAUUCCCAAUGGAGAUACUAAAUCGUUCUGUCGAUUCGAUCUUCAAACAUCCGGAAAGCUGGAUCAAUAUGGAUGGCAGUUACUGACGCUUCUCAAUAUGAGUAAUCCUGAUACUAACUGUCCUAGUGAAUUUCAAAUGAUAACGCAUGAGAGUGGCAUUCGAUACUGUCGUAAAAGUUUCAAUGGAAAUGGUUGCACUUCGAUAACGUAUCCUCAUAUUAAUCGACCAAUCAAAAGACUGUACGGAAGAGUGCAUGGUAUUCAGAGGGGAACACCGGACAUUGAGGAUGUUCUAUUUAACCGUGGCAUAGAGGGCGAUUAUAUCGAUGGUAUUAGUCUCACCUAUGAUCAAUCACCCAGACGGCAUAUUUGGAGUUUUAUAGGUUACACAUCUGCAGCUUAUCCAAACUGUCCUUGCAGUACUAACGCUACAAGAACAACUCCUAGCUAUAUUGGAGAGAAUUACUUCUGUGAAUCUGGUACCAUGCUGAGAGAAAAUUUCUCCCAGACAUUUGUUAACGAUCCAAUCUGGGAUGGCCAGAAUUGUGAGAGUACUCAAGAUCCAGGAUGCUGUACCCGUGGAGACCUUGGCAAUGGAGAAUGGUUUUAUCGAGAGUUUACGGUUCCUUUCACUCCGGACGUUGAGCUUCGUAUCUGUACCGAUGGUACUAUAGACGAUGAAGAUAUUGGACUGCAACUUCUUGAAUUAUACUUCCAAUAAGUUGCCAAUUUUUGUGUAGUUUAUUCUGUUUCUUCUUUACAUGUUGUGUGCAUUUUAUUUACAUUUUAGGCAUCGUUGAUUAUAAUUAAUUUUUAUGGCCAGUAUAGAGACAUUUUUUGCCCACCCACAGAGUUGCUAAGAU